AUGUCUUCUACUGAACCCACAUCUACUACCAUUACCACUACUGUUACUACUCAACCUGACGAGGUUGCCCCUAAUCAAGCAACUACUACUGCUGAACCUACUCAAAAUACAUCCACUGAGGCCAGUGCUCCUGCUGUAACCGAAGAACCAAAGGAAGGAAUCAGACAAGAACCUGCUGUUCCUGAAGAGCCUACAACAACAACAACUGAAGCUCCUCCCCAGCCUACGCCUUCCAAAUCAAACACGACUAAGCGCCUUUCUUUGCUUCUUGGUAAAGCAAAGCAUUUUGUUGAUAAAAAGGUGUCUGAUAAGAAGCCUGCUAAACCUGUAACGGAUGAAUCUGCUCCUGUUACAGAAGAGCCUGAGCAGACAGAGACUGCUGAGCCUGCUGAAGCUACCCCUGCUGCUGCUGAAGAACCCAAGAGUAAGAGCGAGAAGCGUAAAUCUAUCUUGGGUGGAUUGUUCCGCAGUAAGAGUCCCGUAAAGGAAGGUGACAAGACAGAUGAGCCUGCUCCACCCGUACCAGCCAAAGAUGAACCUGAAGUAACACCCGCUAAUACUACUACCACUACUACUAAUACUACUAAUACAACUGAUGAGCCUAAUACCACCACUGCUACUGUUAAUAAUACUAAUACUAAUGAAAAUGCCGCUGCAACUGGCCCUGUAACCGACCAGCCUACUGCAACAACUAAUGAGUCAACCGAAGCCUCGGCCCAAAAGGAACAACAUAAAGAUAAUGUGAUUGAUCAUCUUAAGCGUACCUCUAUUGGUAAAUUCUUCAAUAAAAAGAAGGAACACCAUCCUGUUGCUGAACACAAAGAAGAAGUCACUGAACCCACUACAAGCCAUGAUGAAGAAGUGACUCCUGCAGUGACAUCAAAUAAUGAACCUGCUGAUGUUCCUGUUGAGCAUCAAGAAGAAAAACCCGUUCGUGCCUCAUCUCCUCUUGGUCGUCGUUUGACUCAACUCUUCCGUGGCAUUUCUCCCAAGAAGAAGGCUACUGCUGCUACCGCUGCUUCUGGUUCUACUUCUGAAGAACAAGAACACCAAGAACAACCUCAUGAUCCAAUUUUGGAUGCCCCUGCAGUUGCAGGAACACCUGCUAAUGCUGUGAAAGUCAACUAA